GUAAUGUGCCAUAAUAAAAUAGAGAAGGAAAACUUCAUAGAAAUGGCGGAGGGUGCAACGUCUCUGAAAGAGUUGCGAGCUCAAAUGGCUGCAUCUGCGCAGGUGCAGGCAGAGGAGCGGCGCAGCCUAGCAGGGAACAGCCCAGUGCCUGUAUCCCCUGCAACAGCAAACGCACCAUCCAACACUACUGCAGCGAAGUCUCCCCGGCCAGUCAUUGAUGGUGCUGCACUAAGGAUAGACGACCGGCUUCGAGUGGCAAAAGAGAGACGAGAGGAGGCCGAUAGGCAGCAAGCUGCGAAGGACUCUCAGAUCCUGGAGAGAGAGCAUAAGGCCAAGCUGCAGGUGGCGCGUCAGAUGGAGGAGCGCCAGAAGAAGCUGGACGAGCAGCGCAGGAAGGAGGAGCAGAGACGCUCGGCUGUGGAGGAGAAAAGGAAGCAGAAACAGGAGGAAGAGAAGGAGCACUAUGAGGCGGUGAUGCGGCGGACCCUGGAGCGCAGCCAGAGAGUGGAGCAGAGGCAGAAGAGGUGGUCUUGGGGAGGACUCUCAGAAUCAGACAACCGAUCCGGAGACCCUGACGCAGGCGCCGCCUCUCCAGUAGCUAUAGUAAUCUCCCCCGCGUCUCCAGAAAAGCCCCCCAGGACACAAAGUGCAGUUGACAAGCGCUCCACUUCCACCAUGAACCUGAAACAGCUGUCUGAGGCUGGCAUUAACAAGCGCCUGUCCUCCUCCUCCGCCACCCUCAUCAACUCUCCCGACAAAAGUGCUCGUGUGAGGAGUUCAUCAUUGAACCGGUUGCCUAGAAACGACAAAAUCGAUCUAUACACUCAGCCCAAUAAGGAAGGCAGGAAAAAGCUUCAGGUGGAACAGACAGGACCCUCCCUGAAGAAGAGAAGCUCCUCCCUUACACGAGCGGGAGGGGGCAGAACGCAAACCCCCUCCAAGCUCGACAAGGGGACGACGGACGACCAAGCUCGCAAGCCCCUGGCGAGCCCCGUGGACGGAGCGUUCCUCAGUCGCCUGCUCACCCCCACCCAGGCCUCACUAGCUAGGAGCAAGAGCACCGCUGCCCUGUCGGCCGAAGGAGGCGAUGCCCCAGAGUGUCACCUGUGUCCUCGCUCAGCCUCGGCCAGCCCCCUGCACCCGGUGCAGCGAGGACCCCUGCGCAGCCGCAGUAUCGACCGGCAGAAGAGCGCCACCCUGCCUACCUCCGCCUCGGCAGACCAAGUGGACCCCUUACUGAAGGAGAAAAGGUUCUCGUCGCCCGGAGGGAAACGUCCCGCCUCGCCCUCCAACAUCGCAGGACGCCACCGCUCGCCCUCCCCCGCCCCCCUCCCAGCGAGCAAGAGAACCCCCUCCCCAAGUGCAAAGCCAAGCCCACGUAACCGUCCCCCGUCACCUGGGGGUAUCAAACAUCGCCCCUCAUCUCCUCAGUUUAGCUCGGCCAAGCCCCCGUCCCCCCAGCCCACCUCGGCCAAACCUCCACCCAUCCAGAGACCGGCCCUCACCCCCACCGGCCCCCCAACCCUGCGGAAGAGGGACUCCAAGCCAAAGGACCUGUGUCCCGUCCAGCCUGUGGCGCCCCAGUCCCCAGAGGCUCCCCAGACCAGCACAACACCCACCCCUACUCAUACCACCUCCAGUAAGACCAAAGACAAGGACGACAAGUCCAUGGCGGGCACCAACUCGGCUGCAGAGGCUGCCAUGAUCCUGGCCGAGAACCGUCGUCUGGCGAGGGAGAAGAAGGAGAGGGAGGAGGCACUCCGAGUUCUGAGAGAGGAGGAGGAGAAGCUCAGGAAGGAGGAGGAGAAACGCUUGGCUGAGGAGGCUCUGUUGAAAUGCCUGGAGGAGGAGAAGAGGCUGGCAGAGGAGAGGAAGAAGAAAGAGGAGGAGGACGCUCUUAUGGCGGAGGCAGACAGAGAAAGACUGGAGGUAGAGGAGGCCGUGAGACAGGCUGAGCUACAGAAAGAGCGUGAAGAGGCGGAGGCACUGGCUGCAAUUGAGGCAGAGAAGGUCCGCAUUGAGAGAGAGAGGGUCAUGGCCCAGAACCAACAGGAACGCAUGGAGAGGAAGAAGCGAAUUGAGGAGAUCAUGAAGAGAACCAGAAAAGGGGACCUAGAAAAAAGAGAUUAUGAUGAGAAAGACAUGCAGGAUGAGGAGGGAGACGAGGAGGGUGACGAAGAAGAAACCAAGGACGACGAGUCAGCCCAGACCGGAGAUGUCGCCAUGGAGACGGACUGCAUGGACGAGGAGGGGCGUGGCCUGACCCGCAGCGAGCCAAUGGGAGAGCGUAGGGAGCCGCUGGGUAGCGUGAACUGGAAGCCAGAGGCGGACGACAAGGAGAACAACAACGGAACCAGCGCUGAGGAGCCCCUGGCUGUUAAUUCAGUGCCUAAGGGUCGCCUGGUAGAAGGCUCAGAGUUCCUGAACGAGGACUCUAACAAGCUGGCCCCGGGGCUCAACGGUAAGCCUGGCCCCUGGAGCUUCGAGGAGCUCAUUGACCUGGGUGUCAACUCCAAGGGCCGGCCCCUCAUCGAUGCAGAGGGCCGCAACCAGGGCCUCAUCGACUGUGACGGGGGUCCCGAGGGGCCCAGGGUGGCCUUCGAGGACAAGGGGAUCCCCGUGGCCACCCUCCACCCCUCCAGUCAGCCUAUCGAAGCACUGUCAGAGAUGUGAGGCUGCAGCUCUCCCUUCAGAGGCCUGUUAAUAUUGCACUCCUGGAGUUCCUGUCCAGCUGACCCCCCUCCACACAUACACACACUUACCCACAUACACACACCCCGCCCAGCCUUCUUGUCUGGACAACCUCAGCCAGAGGAAGAGCAUGGGGGACACAUCCAGAACGCAAGCUUUGCACCCCCCACCACAAGAAAAAAAACAUAAAGAAACGAUGCUUCAGGGAAAAUCUAAAUUUUCCUUCAAUGUGCUCGCUUUAAGGUCUCAUCUUUAGCCUCCCAUACUUACCAUUUCACUUGGUUCUUUUUUGUUUUGUUCACACUUGAUGUUUUGUAGGUGUUGGGGCAGGGGGUGUGACGUAAUUUAUAAAUUUGGGCUUCUUUGUGAUAUGUAAUUACUGUUAUCUCAUGUCUAUUUUUGGGGGGUUACUCUGGUUUGAGAAUAUUCCAGGAUGCACGUGCACUCGGCUAUAUGAUGGUUAAGACUUCACUACUUCUCAUGUCAGGAAACUUGAGUCCCCCCCGAGAUGUGAUCAAACACAUUUUGAUUGGUGGGGUGUGGGCUGGGUACUGUAGUCUAUCAGGGUCUGCCUAAAGGGGCGUCUCCAGUGAAUAGUCAGACUGAGGGAGCACUUACACAAACCGGUUACGACCUACUGUGUGCCCAAGCUGUGAACAGCACUAUGUAACUGUAAUCCCAUCCUACCCAAAUUGUACUCUGACCGAGAAUUCUGGAUUUGUUUGGCAGGCUGCUUUUCCCAACUCUCUAGACCCUAUUCUUCUAUGGUUUACCCCUCUCCCUGUGCCCCGAAGGGCUGGUCAGAGCCCCUCCACCUCCCUCGCCUUCUCCCACCUCCCUCACUUCUACUCUUCUUAGGGCCACUAGGGGGCACUUAUGUCUACAAAUCAAACUGAUUGUUUUAUGAAAUGACUCUUGACUAUUGCUUUGUCUUUACAAACUGAAGGAUAUAGGAAUUCCCCAAAAAGCUGGUGAUUUUGUGAAUAUUUUUUCAGUGAAGUUUAAUUGUUGCUGUUAAUUUUCAGUUCCUGGUUUUUAGGUUUAUCCUAAUAUUUUGACAUGUCGUUACGGUUUUACAUGUAUGUAUAUAGACUUAAUUGUUAGCUAACUCGUAUCAAAUUCUAAUUUAAUUGCAUCCUGAGCGCUGAGGUAUAACUUGACCCCCAGCAAUGACUGCAUGAAUCUAUACUCUUACCAUAUGAAUGACUAUAGCCCAUAACGGAUUAACUUGUGUAUGUUGGUUAAUUGCAGUCAGACAAGGUCCAUCAGCUUCAUUUUAGAAUUGCAUCAGAGUUUUCUCUGAAGGGGGUGUGUACAGUACUAGUCCAGAAACUGAACUUGAAAGGUUUGAAGUUCUCACAACGCCCAAAGUAUAGGGCUGAAACAACAGUUCUGUCAGGCAUCUCAGAGCAGUUUUGACCCGGCAGUAGAUGUACGCAGUCUGUGUAGCUCGUUCCAUGCUAAUUCCAUUGCUUCUCUACUAAGGCCCUAUGAUCUCCAAAACACACUAGCUAAUGCUUUUAUACUUCAUCCCGGCAAAAAAACAACACAUUUCAGUUAUUUUUUAUAGUGUAUAAUUUGGAUGUCUGUUUAUAUGAAAAUAUAUUUCUACAUAUUUAA